GUUACCCUCAUUUUCUCACCAAGUUUCCCUCUCACUUUCUCUCUAGCCAAACACACAGCUACUACUAGUAGUAGUACUACUACUUCAACUACAAUGGUAUUAGCCACUCCAAACCCAAUUCUCCGAGGAGAGAAAAUCGAUGCCAAUAUUGAGCUUCCAACCAUUGAUCUUUUGGGAGAAAGAAAAGAAGUUAGUAGGCAAAUAGUUAAGGCUUGUGAAGAGUUUGGUUUCUUUAAGAUUAUAAACCAUGGUGUCCCACAUGAUGUUAUAUCAAAAAUGGAGGAAGAAAGCCUUAGUUUCUUUUCCAAACCAGAGGCCCAAAAAAAACAAGCUGGCCCCGCUAACCCUUAUGGCUAUGGAUGCAAGACCAUUGGCUUUAAUGGAGAUAUGGGUGAGGUUGAGUACAUUCUCCUUAACACCAACCCUAACUCCAUUGCUCAUUAUUCCAAUACCAUCUCCAAUAAUAACCCUACUAAAUUCAGCUCUGCAGUGAGUUGGUACAUUGAAGCAGUUAAGGGAUUGGCAUGUGAGAUAUUGGAUCUGAUGGCUAAUGGGCUUAGUGUGUCAGACACAAAGCUCUUCAGUAGACUCAUCAAGGACUCUGACAAUGACUCCCUAUUCAGGCUCAAUCACUACCCUAGCAGCAACAGCAACAACAACGACUAUGGCUCUAAGGACAUGAACAGGUCAUCACCUAUGGCCACUUGUGAUCGCUAUAAAGUGGGGUUUGGGGAGCAUUCUGACCCUCAGAUCUUGACUCUUUUGAGAUCAAACGAUGUGGGUGGUCUUCAGAUUUCUCUAGAGGAUAAGGUGUGGGUCCCGGUCCCACCUGACCCCUUGGCCUUUUGGGUUAAUGUGGGUGACGUGUUACAGGCCUUGACAAAUGGAAGAUUUAUGAGUGUGAGACAUAGAGCUUUGGUAUCCAAUAACAACUCGUAUAACAGGACUAGAAUGUCAAUGGCUUUCUUUGCGGCUCCACCCCUAAAUGCUUGUGUUAGUGCUCCAAAAGAAAUGGUCACAGCCGAGAAGCCUCGUCUAUAUAGGCCAUUCACUUGGGCUGAAUAUAAGAGGACUACAUACUCUUUACGCCUUGGGGAUAGUAGACUUAAUCUCUUUAAAAUAGGCAAAGAUCAUCAAGCCUCUUUAUAAUAAUAUAGCCUGAUAUUAUGUUAUAGUUAUUAAUGUUUAUGUUGUUUUUAUUGGAGGGUUUGGUUCA